UGCUUGUUUCCGGCCUUCGCUGCAGCACUCGCCUGGUCAGAACUGAAUCUAUCUCGCUCGUAAUUUCGGCCCUUCCUUCCCCACUCUCAUUCAGGUCGAUUCGACAUUCCGCUUCCGCGGUACCGGCUCCACUGGCAUUGGACUUAUCUUUAUCUUUUCCUUUCGUACAUAUCUCUGACGUACUUCAACCCUCGACCACCAUGUGCUCGCUUGCCGUCGCGGUUUUGUUCGCUCUCGUCUCUCGUCUCUCGACUGUCUCGGCGAGCAUCUAUGUCAACAACCCGGUCUCAACCUCGACCUGCUACGGUGGGCAGCCGUGCACUGUGACAUGGUUGGACAACGGUCAGACACCGAUUUUGAGCGACAUUGGGGCCCCGACUCAAUCGCGGGACCCGACUCCAGUAGUUAGUACGUCCCAUCUGUGUCUGCCAAACCCGCGCACACCGAGCUCACAUGGAAUCACCCAGCUAUAUCAACUUCACGUCGGUGGCUCUCAUGGUCAACUCACGACGCAUUACACGCAGUACUCCUCUGACUUCGCGUGCGUCUGCUCGUUCCACCGUUUUGCAACUAUCUCAUCCCU